GCACGCCUCGCCGUCCUGCAGCAGGAUCCUCGGCCUGAACGCGACGCGUCGCGCCAGCCACGCUCACACUCCGUGUCGCCGUCCGCCAACUCGUGCCCGCUAAAGCUGCAGAGGCAUCUUUCGCGCUGAUUCCAUCUUCUAUCUGCCCUUGCCCACCAGGGGUCUGCCAUGUCCGCACUCACACUCGCUCUCGCUCUCGCGCUCGCGCUCGCGCUCGCGCUCCCCGCCGCGGCGGCGCCGCACACCCUCGCGAAACGCGAGUUCCAGUUCGACGGGUGGGUCAAGUACGUGAUCAUCGUCGCGGUCGUCGUCGUCGCCCUCGUCCUCAUAGGCUUUAUCGUCCGCUUCACGUGCAAUGUCAUCGGGUGCGGCGUGCGCGGGACGGGCGGCAAGCCCGUCGAAGCGUUCCGGGCGGCGGCGCACCCGCCGGCGCCAGCACGGCCACGGCCGACGUACAACCCGCAUACUUACGGUACGGGGCCGAGCCAGGCCGAAAUACAUAUGCAGCAGGUCGAGUGGGAGCGGCAGCAGCAGCAGCAUAAUCAGUGGUAUGAGGAUAAUAGGUAUUAGUAUGCAGGCGUGCUG